GACGUCAGUGUCGGGGUUACUCGGGGCAUAUCUGUACCCUUCUUUGGAGGUUGCAAGGAUAUCGCACAAUGUCCGCUUGGGAAAAGCAACCGGUGACUUCGACAGCCUUCUUAUAUAAGGUGCACGCGUGCCAGGCAUCCCAAGUUCUUGUUUCGAGGUAGCCACUUCUUUGAGCGUAGCCUGUUCGGAGGCCUUGCACUCCCCCGAAAACUUAGUGGCAAACUACAAAGAUCCUACUUCAUCGGCCCUCGGUGGAAUUCAGCAUGAAAUAUACCAUGGAUUUUUGUCAUCUGUUCUUCGCCCUCACCUGGAUGGCUUUAUCAUCUGCAUAUGCAAGCUCCUCUCCAGAUUCAGCCUGCGACUUGUCCGGAAUCGACGUUGACGGCGCGAUUACAAAACUUAUCGCCAAGUUUCCAGAGUACCAGAUCGUUGGCCCUGAGAAGUACUAUCCAGUUUUUGCUGGCUUCGAAAUAAGCGGGUUCAACGUGAGCGGCUUUCACAAGUUGCAACAGUAUGGCCCUGCGAUCCCCUACUGCCUGAACGGUACCCGCAGAGUACAAGUAGACCUCCUCAACGCAGGCGACGUGGUUAUCGCGACACCCUGGAGGCACUGCUCCGGACAUCAAGGCACGCUUAGUCUGCGAUCCAGGCUAUCUCGUUUCACGGUGCAGUUCCACGUGGGACUCAGUGAAGAAGAUAAGCAGACUAAGCUUGCCUACCAAGGACCCACUAUUCCCGUAAUAACUGUAAGCGUUCAGAUUAACGUUGAUGGUGCCGGACACCCUGUAAAUGCAGCGGCCGGAAUCCUCUCUAUGAUCUUUCCUGAAGUAACCAUGGAGAUGUGGAAUGAACAGUUUUAUUACUCCCUGAGCCAAGCUUUACACCGAGCUCUUAAUUAGACGACUGGUUUCCUUGCUAAAAAAAAACAAUAUUUUUUUCGCGCUGGUGCACACAAGUCUGUCAGUGCGCCUUUUCCACCUAUAUGAUUGCAUUUUAUCGAUUUACGAAAAGAUCGCUUUCACGCGUUCUUUUUGUUUGUUCACUGACUUUCAGAAUUGUGAUUUCUUUCAUUUCGUUUGAGUAUUUACAUGGCCGGUUGUUUGAAAAUAAAAUGUCCACUUUGAUUAACCUGA